AUGAAUUGCCGCUCCAAAUGGCAAUUCUAUAGUAGGAGAACCUUGUCGACGCGCCUUUUAGAGCGUGAGACCCUGCUGGCUGCCGCAGUUACCGGUGUUGCAGGUGCCUCCAUUGCAGGUUCAGCAGCGGCAACAGCUGCAGACACACAGGAGCACCAACACCAAAAACAGCAACAGCAGGAAGAACAUAGCAGAGACACUGCUGCCUUGCUGCGGCAGCGAGCCGCAGCAAGGCAACAACGUCUGCUGCAUCGGCAGUCACAACGCAUGCGCAUUGUACAGAAUAUGGAUGCAAGUGCCAGUGAUGACAGCAUCAGCGACAGCGGCGGGAACAGGAGCAGAAGCAGGAGCAUCAGCACAAACACAAGAAAUCCCGACAAAGCUCAGCAGAGUGCAAGUGUUGGAGAUAUCCCAGCACAACCAUGCAUCCACGACAGCGAUUUCAAUAAAGAGGGGAAAGAAAAAAGGCUCUCCUCAUUUCUUUAUGGUCUUUCCGUGUUUUUGGGCAUUGGUGCCGCAGUGAAGAGUGUGUUGCGGGAAGAUGCUUCCCCUCAUUACUUGUUUGAGUCUCUCGGUUUUGAAUAUGCUCCACUCAGCUGGACAUUAAUCUGCUAUUUGUGCGGGGCAUGUCUGUACAUGCCGCUGCCGCUGCUGCUGGUUAUUUCGUUGGCAGAGUUGGUGCAGCAACAUGGUCGUUGUCUGGCACAAUUUUGCAGAGCAGUUGUCUCUGUAGCUUCAGGCGAGAGAGCCUCUGAUAUGAUUUCUCGUCGGAAGUUGGCCUUGAUGAGUACACUUAGCUCGAUUCACAUGGUAUUCGCGGCUGUUCGGCCUCUAGUCAUGCGCUUUGUCUUCUUCAUCGUUUCUUUCUGCUUUACCAGUACAUGCCUGCGGAUCGCCGUUACAGGAAUGUGCCAGGAACAGCCAGAAGUGCAACUAGUGCAGCAGUGA